UCAUUUUCUUAUGAGAAGAGUUUAAUUUUAAUAAGUCCACUUUAUUCAUUUUUUUUUUCUUUUAUGGUUAGUGCUUUUGUGUUUGGUUAAGAAUUCUUUACCUACCCCAAGGUUGUAUUUGCAAAGAUAUAUUCCUUUGUUUUCCUUCUGGAAGCUUUAGAGUCUUAGUUUUUAUUUGUAGACCCGCAAUCCAUCCUGAACUAAUUUGUUUGUAUAGUGUGAGGCGAGACUGAGGUGGUUCUUUUUCAUUCUGCUAUCCAAUUGGUCCAGCACCAUUUAUUGAAAAGACUUUCCUCCUUCGAAUUGGUACUUUCUUGUAAAUCAAGUGGACUGUUGGAAUUCUCUACUCUGUUUUUUUGUCUGUUCUUAAGCCAGUACCACACUUGUCUUCAGUUCUGUAGUUUAUCACUCUUGAAAUCAGGUAGUGUAAGCCUUCCAUCUUCAUUCUUUUUUUGACCAUUCUGGCCCUUUGCAUUUCCUAUACAAAAGAUUUUAGGAUGAGCUGCUCAAUUUCUACAAAAAAAGCCUGGUUGGAUUUUGAUUAGGACUACAUUAAAUCUCAAACUGGGGACUACUGACAUCUUAACAAUAUUAGUCUUUGUUAGGUCUUCGUUUUUCUCACCAGUGUUUUAUAGCUUUUAGCAUUAAUGUUUUACACACAUUUUAAAAGACUUAUUCCUAUAUAUUUUAUGUUUUUGAGUCUAUUAUAAAUGGUAGUUUUUACACUUUCAAAUCUUGUUUACAUUUUUAUAUGCAAUUUUAAAUAUUGAUCUGCGAUCUUACUAAAUUAACUUAUUCCAGUAAAUUUUUGGUAGAUGCCUUGAGAUAUUCUGUAUAUAUAAACAUCAUCUAUCAAUAGUUUUACUUUAUCUUUCUAAUUUCUGUGCCCUUUUUUCUUACAUUACUGAACUGGCUAUGACAUUCUAAAAUGUUGAAUAGAAGUGAUCAGAGCAGAUAUCCUUGUCUUGUUCCCAAUUUUCACAGGAAAAUGUCUUUCACAAAUAUAAUAGCUAUAGAUUUUUCAUAGGUCCUUUACCAGUUAAGGAAAUUUCUCUCAAUUUCUACUUUGCCAAGAAGUUUUUAUCACGAAUGAGUGUUUAAUUUUCUCAGAAGCUUUUUCUGCACCUUUCAGGAUAAUCCUACAGUUUGUUUUCCUUCAUUCUGUGUAUGUAAAUAUGUCUCUUUUUCAUUUGUUGGCACUUUCUCCUCACCUCAAAUUAGGGAAAAGACUACUAUUUUACUCAGUUGUAACACUUGAACAUCUUGGCAUCAUUCAUGGAAUGGAGGUCUCUUCAGGAGUUUAAUUUAGACACUUUGAAUUAGAAAAUCUCCAUAAAACACUUUAUAAACUAAAAAGCACCAUAUGUAUUUAGGUAGAAUUAUUUGACCUAAGCAGCAUACCUGCUCCCCCAAAUUUCUCUUAAUCUCUGAAACUUCUACCAUUAGGCUGCUUUUAAAAAAAUCAGUCUGUGGAGAGAUGGGCAUGUUAUAUUUUCUGAUUCUGGAGGGAGUGGAAACAAAACAGGCAACUGUUUAUGGUAAUAGAGUAAGCUGGUAUAGGUCUGUGAUGCUGUUGUCAAAGACUUGUGGGAGAACUAGACCCUGGUUGACUGGGUAGCCUGUUCCAGAUUGUGUAAUGGCGAGAGAAGAUCUCCCUCAGGUGAGUGGCCUGGUUCACUUUCUCAGAAAUGACAAACAGAGCCAUGGUUUUGGAAACCACAGACGACUGAACUUGAGCAGUGUCAUCUCUCUGGUGGUUGAGUCAUCUCGGGAGCUGGGUUCAGUAGCUUGGGGCUGUGAAUGAGGUCUCAGGAACUGUUGAGCAUGAUUUCUGAUUGGUACUUUCUUGGUCAUUGUAUGCUUAAACCCCUUCCUUUAAGUGCAAAACUAAUGUUGAUGACAGUCAUUGAGAGCUCAGAAGCAAUCUCUAGUUUAAAUGUCCUUUGAAUACUAAACCUUUUAUAAGCGUGUUUGCUAAACAGUCAUCCCAUACAUAUUUAGACCUUUCUGAUGGUGGUACAAACACUAGCUCCUAAACUAACACAGCUUGCUUUUUAACAACUCCCAUUCUUAUGACCCUUUAACCGUUUGUCUUAUGAAGCCCUUUCCCAUAUUUGUUGCUUCUUUAGGUAUAUUCCUAUUUAUUGAUAUCUUCCUUAAAAUUUGGUAGCAAAACCUGAAUGACUAGUACAAAGUAUGGGGAUUCCUUUCUCCUUAAUUCUGAACAUGAUACUUGUAUUAUCUUUUCCUACCAAAAUGAUGAAGUGAAUACAGAUGUAUAGUUUGCAGUAAAUAAGAAGACACAUUGUGAGGGAGGGAUAUAUGGAAAUAUGCAUCACCAGAAUAUUAAUUUACAAGCAAACUUAGGGCAUUGGGUAAAAAUUAAUGGUAGCUAUAUGGAAAACUAAAUCAUUUCAGUGUAACCUAAUUUUUUCAAGAAUGUUGUAAGGAUCCAGAGGAAGUAGUGUACAUAUAUCUUGACUUUCUCAUGCCAUUGAUUUAAUUAAGUGUAAUAUAAUCAUCAGUGGCUCAGGGAAACAUAGUUUAGUUCAGAUGAUACCACAGUUAUAUAGUGAGAAGACCAUACAGAGACAUAAAGGAUUUGGUGCUGGUGUGGAACAACUCUUUUCAGUUAACCUUUCAGAGAAUAGUCUGGGAUACUAUUUAAUCAGUUUUAAUCCCUGACCAGUAAUGUAUUGUGUGUAUGUUUAUUUGUGUGCCAGAGAUGCUGGAUAAAUUAGGUACUUAGAAAUUGGACAAGUCAAAUGCAGGCUAAUUAAUUUUGUAAGUAGGAAGUUCAAAUUAGAGAAUGAUUGGCUCUGUGCCUGUUCCUGGCAGAAAAAGCCCCAGUGCCGUGAUGAAUCACAAUGCAGUUGAGCCAUCAGUAACUGUAAUAUAAGUACAUGCAGAAUACCACAUUUCAUAAGUCAGUGCUCAGGUUAAGAAUACUUAUAUGAGGCUGAGAACAGGUAAAAGAGUGAAGGCUUACAAUAGAUAACUUUUGCAACAGAAGCAAUGAAUCAUAGAAUUAGAGAGUUACUAUUUUGCAACAUACCAAGAGGGGAGAGAUAUGAAAAGGAAUAAUUAGAAGUAUUUUGUAUUAAGUAGGAUGGCUAAAAUGCUGUAAAAAUUGACAAAAAAUUUAAUGGCGCAAAUCCAAUACAAGUUUAUUUCUCUCACUUAACAGUCUGAAUGGGUAUAUCAGGUCACUGGGUGGCUCUGUAAACAAGUGUCUGAAGACCAGAAUUUGUCAAGAGGAUACAGGAGCCAGCUUGGAGGAACUCUGACAGCACACAUUUAGAAAAAUGGAACCGAGAAAGUAAGAUAAUUGAAGGCCAUAAAACCGAAGUAAAAUAGGAAGGUUAUCGGCCAAGAAAGACCUACUGGAGAAAGCAGAGGAUGGAAAAUAAGCGAAGCAGUGUUUUAUCGUAUGUACUUCAGCAAGCCUUCUGAAAUUUAACUAAAAAUAUGACUGCUCUUUCUUCAGAGAACUGCUCUUUUCAGUACCAGUUACAUCAAACAAAUCAGCCCUUAGAUGGUAACUGUCUCCUAUUCUUAAUUAUAUUUGGAAAAAUAUUAUUAAAUAUUCUCACAUUAGGAAUGAAAAGAAAAAGCACCUAUCAAAAUUUUAUGGAAUAUUUUUGUAUUUCGCUAGCAUUCAUUGAUCUUUUACUUUUGGUCAACAUUUCCAUUAUAUGCUACUUCAGAGAUUUUGUACUUUUAGGCAUUAGGUUUACUAAAUAUCACAUCUGCCUGUUUACUCAAAUUAUUUCUUUUACUUAUGGCUUUUUGCAUUAUCCAGUUUUCCUGAUAGCUUAUAUCGAUUAUUACUUGAAUUUCUCUAAAACCACCAAGCUUGCAUUUAAGUGUAAAAAAUUAUUUUAUUUCUUUACAGUGAUUUUAAUUUGGAUUUCAGUCUUUGUUUAUGUUUUGGGAGAUCCGUCUAUCUCCCAAAACCUGAAUGCACAGAAUGUUAAUUCUUAUCAGUGUCCUUUCUAUAUCAGCAUUCAAAGUUACUGGCUGUCAUUUUCCAUGGUGAUGAUUUUAUUUAUGGCUUUUAUAACCUCUUGGUCAGAAGUUAUCACCUUGGUACAAGCUAUUAGGAUAACUUCCUAUAUGAAUGAGACUAUCUUAUAUUUCCCCUUUUCAUCCCACUCUAGUUAUACUGUGAACUCUAAAAAAACACUCUUGCCCAAGCUCAUUAUCUGCUUUCUCGGUACCUGGCUACCAUUUGUAUUGUUUCAAGUAAUUAUCCUUAUACUUAAAGUAGAGAUUCCAGGAUAUAUUGAGAUGAACAUUCCGUGGUUGUACUUUGUCAAUAGUUUUCUCAUUGCUACAGUUUAUUGGUUUAAUUGUCACAAGCUUAAUUUAAGAGACAUCGCAUUACCUGUGGAUCCAUUUGUCAACUGGAAAUGCUGCUUCAUUCCACUUGCAAUUCAUAAUCUUGAGCAAAUUGAAAAGCCUAUAUCAAUAAUAAUCUGUUAAUAUGUUGCCAUGGUAAAAAUAGUUAAAACUUACAGCUACAAUAAGAAUCAUCAUUUUACAAACAGGAAAGAAUGAUGACUCAGGACCUAUAAAGAAUGAACUGAACCAAAGCAGCCUCCUCCCCCUAGUAAUCUUCAGAAUGUGUCUCUUGGGGCUACGAUAUUAUUUAGGUUUUUUUUUUUUUUUAAACAAAAUAAUUCCAAGAAAAAUGUUUAUACCUCUUCAGAAAAACUGCAUGUUACAAAUAUUAAUUUAAUACAAAAGUGAAAUAAACGAGUUGACAUUUGACCAUA